CACAUAACGAGAUGGCUAAGUUUACGUUAACGGAAGCACAUUGUGUCGUUAAACUACUCAUUGUUUUUGUAUUCUUUACUACUUUAAUUUGCUGUGAUGCAACGGUAGCUGAAGAAAGUAUAGGAAAAACACGCAUAAAGCGCAUAGUGGGCGGACGCCAUUCGAAGGCGCCACCACCUGACGAUCCGGUCGUUUUCACACGCGUCUUCAAUCGUGAUGCGCGCGUCGAGGGCUUUCGCAAUCCGGCAACAGGAAUUUACUCCUUCCUCGGUCUGUACUAUGCCGAACCGCCGGUUGGUCGCUUGCGUUUUGCGCGCCCUGUUUACAAGCGCAUGGCCGGUGAUAUAAACGCCACACAAUUUGGACCGCCGUGCAUACAACCCCAUCCCUAUAAUAAUCGUCGCAUAGUCGGUAGUGAGAACUGUUUACUGUUGAAUGUUUAUACGCCACAUAUGCCUGAUGAAACGACUGGGCUGCCGGUAUAUGUCUGGAUACAUCCGGGUGGUUUUCGUUUCGGUUCUGCCGCGCAAUAUGAUGCCACGCCUAUGGCAAGACAAGGUGUCAUAGUCGUAACGCUACAAUAUCGUCUUGGUUCCUUGGGUAUUAUGGGUGAUGGCACCAAAGAGUUUGAUGGUAACUUAGCGAUCUUCGAUAUGGCUACCGCUUUGCGUUGGGUUAACGAUUAUAUACGUCAUUUCGGUGGCGAUCCACGUCAAGUUAAGGCUAUUGGUCACGGUUCGGGCGCAGCGUGUGCAAUGUUUUUGUCGAUGUCCCGCACGGCACGCAGUGCCACUGAUAUAUCGGGUGUGGUCGCGAUGUCGGGUACAGCGUUGUCACAAUACGCAACAGAUAAGGAACCGGUGCAGAGUGUGGAGGAAGUGGCGAAUAUAAAUGGCUGUCCCACAGAGAACGAGCUGACGAUCGUGGAGUGCAUGAGGGAGAAAUCGGCCGAGGAUAUCAUACAAAAUGACUCGAAAGUCCAAACGGAGCGUCUUGCUGGUCGUGCCAUUGUCAAAGGACUUUCGGGUAGUGUCGGUUUCACGCCACACAUCGAAGGUAAAAACGACGGACGUGGCUUACCCAGCUUGAUUGUGGACGAACCGGAGCAACAGUUGCGAAGUGGCAGUUUCACUCCCAUACCGUUGUUAACAGGCGUCACAAAGCAUGAAACCGCAAACGCUGUGGGAAUCGGUACACUUAAUCGGAUCUUUGGUUCAGCACAACAAUUUCUCAAUUCACUUAGCGGUACAUUAAAAGACCUUUCUGGAUUUUUGCGCAUCGAUAAAGUCACCGGAGAGAUACUACAACCUGUGCUACCCGGUCUAACGGAGGCAUUGACGCCCACACUUAACGAUAUUCUAAAAGUGCCUGAGUCAUUGAGUCUGGAUGAAGUGUUGGCGAAGGUCAUCGACACCAGCACCGACAUAAUUUUCAAUCUGCCGGCUGUUUUAACUUUACAAGUUUGGUCUGAUUUGGCGCCUUCCUUUAUGUAUAGCUUCGAAUAUAAUGGCACACGCUCCAAGGGUAUACAUUUUUUGCGUGGUUUGCCGAUCGUUUCCGAGUAUGCUGAUAAUGGGAACUCCGAGUUGGUGGCGCAUGGCGACGAGCUCGGCUAUAUGUUCGAUGCGAAUGAUCUCUUCGGUAAUCCUAUACCGGAAGCACAGCUUAUCGAUGAGGAAGACUUGAAAGUGCGUCAAAACUUUAUCGGUAUGCUGGUGACGUUCGCUAAGUCAUUUGGUAAGGAUAGUUUGAAAGAGUCUGCCGGUGACACGCUCUUUAAAAGCGUAGUUGGUAAAGAGGUGCCUUUCAUAAAAGUGGGUACGGAUAUAAGUACCGUUAAUGAUUUCCGUUUUUGUGAGCUCUCUAUGCUGGGCGCUUCACUAACGCCCUUAACUUCGACCAGUUGCCAGGGUUUGAGCAAUUUACGUAGUUUGUUGUCACCCUUGCAGAUUGGUAACUGGCUUGACGCUGGCAGCACUGCUAUAGCUGGGAAUCGCAGAACUGACGGUCAGUCGAAUGUUGGCAUUCCACUGAUUGAUGCAAAUGGACUUUUCGGUUGAAAGGCGUAACAGUUGGUAA